AUGACCCACGAGAUUGAAAUAACUGAUUUAUGGCUACAAUUUUUCGACUAAGUGGUCAAAAAUGCCUAUAUGCAUUCUGAUAUUGUUUUAAUUUUAAAGAUUUUCGGGGCUUUUUCAAACGAAUCGGAAUAAGAAAUAGAUAAAUAGAGUAGUUUAUCUUGUUUAAUAAAAUAUUUUUUUUUUAUAGAAAAUCUUAAAUAAAAUAUUGAUGGGAUUGAAAAUUGUAAUAAUGCAUAUUUUAUUCCAAUAUCAUCAAGUGAAUAUUUAUCAUCUGGCAGUUUAAUUUUAAAAUCAAUUAUUUAAACUCUUGAAAAAGAAUAAAUUACAAUAGAAUACUCAGAACAAAACGUUCGCACAAGAAGUUCCCAUAUAUUUAAAGUUAUUCAUCAUUAUAUAAAAUUCGUAAAAACAUCAUGUAAAAAAUAAAUAUUAGUUCAAAAGAAAAUAUUUUCUAUAUUUUUUAUGAAACAACUUGAAAAACACUUCUAAAAUUUUCUUCCUGAUUGGCAAUUAGAUACACAUGGAGGAUAUGUUUUGGUUUAAAAAUUAUACAAUGACUACCUUUAAGACUUUAAUUACUCAAAUUUAGAAGAGCAUUUGAUCUAAUACAACGGAAAAAUGGAUGAUCCUAUCAUAAAUGCCUGUACUUUAGCCAUGAUAACAAACCUUUUAUGUAGAUUAAUAUAAGAUGAUGAUAACAUAGACCCGAACUUAGAUAAAGGAAUGAAAUAUGUCUUCGGAUAAUCAUGGGUUUCGUGUAAGAACUUCCUCAUGUAUAUUAGUAAGAUAAUGGAGAAAACUUAAGUAAGGAAAAUCACUUAAGAUGAAUCUAAUACAUUAGACUAUGAUCCUUUUAGGUAUUCUAUGAUGAUAAUGGAAAAUCUAUUAAAUUACUCGGCUGACAAAACACUGAAAAAAUCCCUAAAAUAAGAGGAGAUAUUUACUGUUGAAAAUUGGAACGAACUUUUUUUCAUUUGUGCCUAAAUUAUCAAAAAUUACUUAUAAAUGGAAAAUCUAGAUAAUUCUUAAAAUUAAUUACGAAUUCUAUUAGUUAUUCUUAUUGUAUAUGAGAAAGAUGACUAAAUAAUUGGCUCAAAUGAAAUAUUUAAGAAUUAUUUAAUCGAAAAAUAUGAAGAUAAAUUAAACGAAAUAAUAAACUAAAAAUAAGAAGAAUUUUUACAUAAUGACAUCAGUGUACUUGAACUUGAAGAUAUAAUUUUAAACUACUACAGUAUUAUUUUUAGUGGAAGUUAUUUCGAUUAAUGUAACAUAAGUAAAGACGAAGAAAAUUACAUUAAAAACAAUUCUUUAAAGAACCUCUCUUAAUGUUAUUUGGAAAAAAGACUGUAAAAAAUAAAAGAUAUGUUUUUCUAUUUUAUUUAAAUAAUUAAAAAAUGUUCUAAAAAUAACUCCCUUUUAAAUAUUCUAACGGCAAUAAAUUUCUAUUUAAUAUUGAAUUAAAUAUAUAAGAAUAUAAUUAAAAUAUCUUAUAUGUUAUAUACCGGAAAUUUUUAUGGUAAAAACAACAAAAAGCUUUCGGAUAUAAAGAAUUCGCACAAUAAAUACAUUUAAAAUUUACUUAAAGAAAAAAACCUUGAAAAUCUUAUUUAAAAAUGCGUCGAAAAAAACCAGCAAGAAAAUACAAAAUUUUUCAAUGAAAAAAAAACUUCUAAUACCUCAUUUUUUUCAGAUAUAAAAAACGAUUUUCUCCAACAAAAUAAAACUUCCUAAUAAUAAAAUGAAUAAAACACCUAAAAUAGUCAUUCCUAAAAUACAAAUUUAAAAAAAAAUUCAAAAGAAACUUUUUCAAAAUAUUUUAUUUAAAGAAAAUCUUGGUCAAAUACAAUAUACGGAAGUGUUUAAAAAUUAAAUUCUUAAGAUUAUAUAUUACAUAUGAUAUAAUCUGGUAAAUUAAAAGGUGAAAUACCUUCUUUAUAUUAUUAAGAAAGUUCAGAAUGGAUGCUGAAUUAUAUGUGCGAGGAUAAUGAUUGUGACUCCUUUUAUUCUUAAUAUAUAUAUGAUUAGGAAAACGGGGAUAAAUGGCCUAAUAAGAAUAAUAAUAUACCAAAGGCUUAAUUUAUUUAUUAAUAAAUAAUUUACGAUAUAUAAAAAAUGCAAACAGAAUAAAAAAACUUAUAAAAAAAUUAGCAAUAGUAAGAAACAAAAUAAGAGAAUUCACAAAAAAAUAAUUUCUUAUAAAAAUAAAUCGAGAAAAAAAAUUGCGAAUAGGAAGAAAAUAAGAGUCAAUAAGAAAUUCUUAAAUUAUAAUAAUUAAUUAAACUUAAUAGUGAAAGAAUUUAUUUACAAAAUCAAAUAAACGAAGAAAUUUACGAGGAAGAUGAAGAAGAAGAAAAAAAAAAUAACUCAAAUAUAAGAUAUUUAUAAUAAUAUAAAAAUGAAAAUGGCGAGGAUGAAUUUGAUGAGGAAAAAAAACAUAAUAAAAUAACAGAAGAAAAUUAAAUAAUACUUAAUUUCAAUAACAAUGACGGAUAUGAUUAAAUUUUAGAAGAAGAUGAUGAAGAUGAUAAUAAUUUAGAUGAAGAAAACAAAAACUAAUUCCGAUAAGCCUCAGUUGAUGAAAAAAUAAAUAUCUUAAAAGCCGCCUAAUACUAAUUUUAAUAAAUAACAUAACAAUAAUAAUAUUUUCUAUAAGAAAAUACUUUAUCAGAACCAGAAUAAAAAUUUGAUUUCUAGGCAUAUGGUUUUUCCGAAAAUUGCCUUGAAGAAUAUUAAAUUGACCGUUUAUAUUUUUAUUCUCUUUCAGACGAAAUAAAAGUAGCAUUUUUAAAUUCUUUUAGACAAGAAAACACUGAAAAAGCAAACUAAUAAGCCCUAUCUAGAGAAGAAAUGUAAAAAGUCAAGCUUGACUUAAUAAUCUAACGUGAAAAAAUCUCAAUAAAAAACUUAUUUAAUGGCCUUUAAAUAACCUCACACUACCGUAAAUCCGAACUUUAAUAAAUAAUUACAUUUUUUAACAAAUUCGAUUCUGAAACUCGCAAUUUUCUCCUUAAAUUUGCCGAUAAUAACCUAAUAGAAAGGCUUCCAAAAGACCUUCGAAAAAAUGCCCUUAAACUAAGGCAAAAAUAUAGCCAAACAUCCUAAAACACAAGCCAAAACAAUUUAAAUCAGCAUUAUAUGAACUCUAAAAACUAACGAAGAUAUGCUUUUUUAUAUUAGUCUAUAUACAUUCCUUCCAUUGACGAUUUAUCUGAACUAGACUCUGAUUAAUAAUAGGAAUCUGAAAGUGAAAACAAUAACAAAAACUCAUAUAAAAAGUCAGGAAAUACCCAAGAUUUAGAUUAAAUCUAAUAAAAUUUUAAUUCAAUUUAAGUUUUCUAAUAAUAUCCAAAUCAAGAAAAUAAUCUCCCGUUGGACUUUUUUUUUCAACUUCCAAUCAUUGAAGACGAAAUUUUGGAAAUUUUAAUCCAAAGUCUGCUCAUAAGUCCCUCUAAAGAAAUAAACAAUGAUGAUUUUUAAACAUUUACGGAAAGUCCUUUAAAGCUUCUUUAAUAUUUAAGUCUGAAUCCUUACUUAGGUUAUAAAAUAGCUGACUCUUUGACCUUUUUAUUAUGUUUAAAUAGCAAAAACUACCAAGUAUUAGACAAGAACUUCUCCUGUUUUUUCAACUCAUCCUAAAUUUCCAAAAGCCUCAUGUAAUCCCGUAUAUGUUCUAUCAUAAGGAGAAUCCUAAACUCCAAUAUAUGUAUAUAACUAUACAUAUAAGGUAUAAUAAAUCCCCAUAAGCAGUUGAAAAUAGUUUCGUAAGAUAAUAUUUUUAUACAAAUAUUUGAUAAAAAUCUCCUUGAAAGAAACCUAAAUUCCCUCUCUAGUUUAGAAUUAAUCUAAAAAAUGCGCCAAAAAAUCGCAGUCAAUUAAAAUUUAACCGUUUUUAAUUCCUUUUAGGAAAAUUCAUCAGUUUUAGAGCUCGGAAUUAAGUUAAUAGGGGAAUAAUUAUAAGGAAAAAACACUAAUGAUUUCGCCUUAUUGAUUGUGGAUCAUAUUUUGAGCAAAUCUUAAUUUCAUUAAAGUGAGAAAUUCCUAUCUUCUAAAAAUCAAGAGGAAAAAAUCGAAGAAAACAACUUAAGAUCCCGUAAAUUUUCCCACGAGCCUCAAUAUUAAUCUAAACUGAACAAAAACAACAAUAUAAAUGACGAAAACAACGAAUUCUUAAACUAUGACUAGAAAUAUUUAUAAAACAAGCAAAGAAAAAUACAAAAAAAGUCUCAAAAAGCAGGCACAUUUUAUAAUGUUUAACAAGAAUAAUAAACCAAUAAUAAAUACAUCAUUGGCGAAUAAAUAAUCAAUUAAAGUUUCAUGAAAACACUCUCCGAAGUCAUUUUUAAGUCUGCUAAGAGAAUAAAAACAAACAAAAACCUUCUUGGCAUCAUCUAAAGCCUAAUAAAGUUCAAAAGCAUCAAUUUUGUCAUAAUACUAUCUGGUGUACUAACUCAUUAUGGUAAAUAACUUGAUGAAAUAAUGCAGAAAAUCCAGGCAAACACCGAGAACUUUAAAUCCACAUUUUUAGUCAAAAAUAACUUCAAUAUCAAGCAGACUAUAGUCUCUUAGUUAAAAGAUGUUGAUUAAUUAAACGUGAUUCUCUCUAAAUUCUAAGCUUUUACCCUAAAUAGCAUUUCCUGUCAGGAGUUUAAGAACCUUUCACAUAAUCUAAGGCAUUUUAUAAAAGACAUGAAGAGUAUAUUCGAGGAAAACAUACUAGAUUAAGCCAUAAAACUCUACACAAACAAAGACAUAGGUGCUAAGCAAAAAGAAAUAAACAAACUAAAAAAAUACGUCUAAACCCUAAAUACUUGUUCUUUCUAAAGUCCUUUAAAAAAAUAAGUGAUGUAGAACCUCGAAAUAAACUAAAAAAAGAGCAAAAAUAGUCUCAUAAAUUCCCUAAAAACAAUGAUUUCUGAAAAACAAAAUGAGCUUAAAAUCUGGUAUAUAAACGAGAAGUAAAAUAUACAUUAAAGAUUCACUAAAUACCUAAAAAAGAAAAUAUAUUCAAUAAGAUUCGUAAACUUAGCCUUUAGGGAGAGUAUUGAGUAUAUUUUUAAUUUAGUGGAAUUAAUAGGCACUGAUUUUAACUAAUCUUAGACUAUAACACUAGAUAUAUAUUCGAAUUGGAAAUAUUAAAUUAAGUCUCUUAUUAUUUUUCAUUAAUUUAUGAAUCCUUAUUAUUAAAAUACAUAAUAAUAAUAAAAUAAUACCAAUUCAGCCUUAAUUUCAUCUUCUUAACUUUAAAGUGAUGAAAAAUGCACUUUUUCAGAAAAAAAAAUACAAAAAUAUUCCUUAGAAGACAACUUUUCAGAAAUCUCCUCCCCCGAAUAAAACUAUAAUAUGACCAGUCCUGAUGUAAUAAAAGAACUAAACGAAGAAGAAUAAUAGGAAUAAGAGCCUAAACUAUCCCGAUUAUACUCCAAUGAAGAAACUGUACCCCAGUAUUUACCCAUAAGUAUGCUCUUUAGGAGCACUUCAGCCUACAAUGAGCCCAUAUUCGACAUCGAUUAGACCUUUCAUAUGCUUUAUGUGCCAAAAAUAAUGUAAGUAAUAGAGUAAAUAAUGGAGUUAAAUCCAGAAAGAAUAUCUAAUUUCCACCAUUUUAUUCGAAAUACUGAAAAAAAGGACAAACUUCCUUUAAAAAUAAAACUAGACUUUCUACGUUCAAUUGCAAAAAACUGUGCUCUUCAAAAGCAGUAAAAUCUCCAAGGAGAAACCCAAAGUAUAGUCUUCGUAAUAGACCGAGAAAAGCCUUGGAUUUCCACUUUAGAAUACUUAGGAAAGUAUACACCCGCCGAAUUAGUUCUUAAAUAAAUAAAAAUACAAUUCAAAGAAGAAGACGGAAUAGACUACGGUGGUUUGACUAAAGAAUGGCUAGCUUUAUUAGGAAAAGAAGUCUUUAAUCCUGACUACGGUUUAUUUCAAUUGAGUGCCAAUAAAAGAAGUAUUUAGCCUUCACAUUUAUCACAUAUAGUCCCUGAUCAUUUAACUCAUUUUGUAUUUCUAGGAAGACUUGUAGGAAAAUCAUUAGUUGAUAAAUGGCAUUUUGAUGUCAACUUUUGUAAGUCUUUUCUUAAACAUAUGUUAAAAAAAAAUGUCUAUAUUAAGGAUUUAGAAGAUAUAGAUCCUGAGUUAAGUAGAAAUUUAAGUUGGAUGUUAGAAAAUGAGAUAGACGAUCUAAUGUAUGAUUUUAGUUAUACAGAAAACCUGUUUGGAAUCCAAAAAACAUUCGAAUUAGUUAAAAAUGGUUUGAAUGUACCUGUAAAUGAAACAAAUAAAAAAUAAUUCGUUAAACUUUUUUGCGAAGCAAAAAUGAUUGCCAAUAUUGAAAAAUAAGCGAAAGCUUUUAUCAAAGGACUUGAGAGCAUAAUCCCUAGGGAAGCACUAGAAUUUAUAAAUGAAUAAGAAUUGGGCCUUCAUUUAACUGGAAUGCCUACAGUUGAUAUCGAAGAUAUGAAGAAAAACACCUAAUAUUAUUAUUAUACUGAAAAUCAUAAAGUUAUUAAAUGGUUUUGGGAAGUUCUCUAAGAAGAAGAUGAAAUUUAAAGAGCGAAUUUCUUGUUUUUCCUUACUGGUUCAUUUAAAGUACCUUAUGGAGGUUUUAAAAAUUAUCCUUUGAAAAUUGAUAGGCAUACAAAUGCAGAUAGUCUUUUAGUCGCUCAUACUUGUUUUAAUUAAAUAGAUUUACCUGAAUAUGACAGUAAAGAGAAAUUAAAAGAGAAACUUAUAUUUUCAAUUAGUGAAGGUUCAGAAGGAUUUCAUAUAGGAUGAAAAAUAAAUUUAUUAUUUGCGUAUAGUUUUUUUUAUUUAUUUUUAAAAAAGAAAAAUUUUCCAUAGU